AAGAUUCCAAAGCCAACCUAAAGUCCUGGGGACCCACAAGGUACCACAUUGUAUCUGGAUGUACGAUGGCUCAGCGACCUCCUACCAGUAGAGGAACAAGUUGGCUGCAACCAGCUGGCCUGAUGGGUGCGAUCUUCCCAUGUCACGCCAUGGCAAGACCGAGUGGGAGGUGUCGCGGUGGUCCAUGUCUGGACACAGGCUUGCUUUGAUUAACAGCGUUUAUUGCUACGUAUUAUGUUCCACACUGGAGCUGAAAUGAACCCUGCCAGAUCCUUCACCCCUGCUAUGUUCAAGAGGAACUUCAUGAACCACUGGGUGUACUGGGUGGGUCCCAUGAUCUGUGGUUCUAUGGGCGCCGUCAUGUAUGACUUCAUGCUCUUCCCCAGCCUUUGUGGCCUGGCCGACAGGGUAGCCACCUUGAAAGGCAGCCGGCCUCUGGAGCAGGACACCUUUGGGGAGCCCAUCAAGCUCAAGAUGAUGUUCCACACUGGAGCUGAAAUGAACCCUGCCAGAUCCUUCACCCCUGCUGUGUUCAAGAGGAACAUAAACCACUGGGUGUACUGGGUGGGUCCCAUGUGCUAUGGGCGCUGUCAUGUAUGACUUCAUGCUCUUCCCCAGCCUUUGUGGCCUGGCCGAGAGGGUAGCCACCCUGAAAGGCAGCCGGCCUCUGGAGCAGGAGCCCAUCAAGCUCAAGACCCAGGCCCUAUACCGUAACCCUGCCACCAAGCCAGGGGAUGCAGUGGCCAGCCAGAAUUGUUAUAGUAGCCCCCUCCUUCCAGCAACCCAACUCUUCUCCUCCAAGCAACCCAGCUCUUCUCCUCCCAACAAUCCAGCUGUCCUCCUCCCAGCAAUACAGCUCUCCUCCUCCCAGCAAUACAGCUCUCCUCUGUCUCACUGUCUAUGACAGUGUGUGUAUGUAUGCCUUAGUCUGAAUGUUCUCUCAUCUACACUCUACAAUCUACACUCAUGACGGGUGAGCUAUAACAGUCAACUUGGACAUACUUUUUUACCAUUACAUUUCAUUACCAGUAUGAUCUCAAAGUUUUGUUUUUCAUUUCUAUUGUUAUCUACAAUACAAGAUGUGGAUGUUUGAUUUGUGUGUGAGGGACUGAAUGACUGAAAAUUCACUGCAGCUUUUUAUUUUUGGUUUAUAUCAUUACAAAGCAUGCAUGUGUGAGUGUUUGAGGGAGAGUGUGGGCCAGUGCAAAGUGUGUGUGUGUGUGUGCGUGCGCGUAGAAUGUGCGCGUGUGUGUAAUGUGCCUGUGUACAGUAGACCGUGUGUGUAGAAUGUGCGCGUGUGUGCGUAAUGUGUGUGUGUGUGUAGAAUG